AUGGCAGAUUCACUCGAUGGCAAAGCUCAGACAAAAAAGAUGAAAGCCUUAAAUCAACGUGACACAGAGGAUGAACUACCUUUUAUUGAUCUAUUUGACCUUGCCAAACCUGAAUACCGUCUUGACCGAGUCCAAGGUCCAGAACCCUUUCCCAGACCGGUACCAUCUUCUCGAUCUUCUAGCGAUCCAAGUUUAUCUCAGCAUCCCUACUCAAGAAAGCGUGACAUUUCACCAGUUGCUACCUCAAAGGGUCCCCGAAAGAAGUCGCGAGUCUCGAAAGGUCAUCAGUCAAUAUCCACUAUGGAUUCAUCUUCAGAUCUUCCCGGUCAACCCACUCCGCCUUCCCAAGGCGAAGCAGUAUGCCAACCAUCUUCGAAUCUUACCGAAGAAUCACACUUCCAGCCUCAGGAAAGUAAGUACACGAAUCUUCGCUUCGAAUUAGACAUGCCUAUCCGAUCAAUCAAGCCCAACGACAACGUGGAGGGACGAAGCGAGCAAAGCACAUCCACAUCGCAUUCCCCCCUGCAGCUUUCCAAGAAAGAAUUCGCAGCACUCCCGGACGACUUCAAGAAACUCUACGCCGAGACGCACAAAACGGACGCCAACAGCAAGAAGCGCGAGAAAGAGAAAAACGCCGAGAAGAAGAACGCCAAGAAGAAGAAGAUCACCCAAAAGGGGAAUGUCGCUGAGAAGGAGAGCGUCGAGCAAGAGAAGGAAGCUGGCCAGCUGCUCUGGCCCGGCGACACCUCCGCGUACCCGGCCGAGUCCUUCGUGUUCCAAAACCCCGCUGGCAGCCAUCUGCGCGCCCAGGCCGUGCACAUCGGCCUCACAAAGACUUAUCCCCUGACGGCGCGCAUCAGCGUCUUCGCCGUGCGACAGGAAGGCAGCGCGGAUAUCGAGUUCCGAAUUGCCCGAGACGGCUCGACCCCGGCGGAGAUCCGCCAGGGUCCCCCGAUCAAGUACGACCAUAUCCGCCAUAACGACUUCUUCGCGGGCAUGAAGCAGGCCCAAGCCGAACUCUGGGCCAGACAGCUUCUAGCUCAGGUCCCGGGCAUCAACGACGCUAUCGUCAAGUGGAAAUGA